AUGGCCUACACCGAUGAUGCCGUGAAGGCAAAGCUCUCAGCUCUCAAUGACUCCCAGGAGAGUAUCGUUACUGUUGCGCAAUGGGUCAUGUUCCACAGGCGACACGCCGAACGAACUGGCCAGAUCUGGCUUCAGAGAAUCCGCGAAUCCCCUCCUCCCAAACGUCUCAACUUGAUCUACCUGGCGAACGAGGUGGCUCAACAAUCCAGGGCGCGCGGAAAGGAUGAUUUCCUCAUUGCCUUUUCUCCGAUCGUGGUGGAAGCUACAGCUGCAGCUUACAAGGGUAACUCGAACGACUUCCAACAGAGAAUCCGCCGAGUUGUGGAGGUUUGGAGGGCACGCAAUGUUUUUGAGAGUCCGAUUCUGGAUGCGGUGGAAGCUACUGUGGAUGAAAUCGACAAGGCUCGUUCUACCACCAAGAAGCAACCCCUUGGGGGCUCCUUCUUCAAAGACAAUUCAUCUGGAUCUACUCCAUCUGAGAUUCAGCCUUUGGUCCCAUUGCAGGUUGCUGUCUCCAAGGCCGCUCUUAGCUCGAACUCGUCUACCACAACUGCCACGACCGAGUUCGACAAACUACAUGACCCCAAGAACCCGCAGCCCACCCCGCCUGUCCAAGCUGCACGUCUCAGUCAGCUCUUGAAGUCACUUGCCAAUGCCGAAAGCUCAGUCUCUGAGGUUAUCAAGUCGCGCCGCGUAUUGAUCGAUGGACUAGAGAAGAUGCUCCAGACUAACCGCGCGGAGCUUGCCAAGGAGGAGACUCUCAGCACAGAUAUCUCUACAAAGAAGACUCAAGUCGACAUCAAGAAGCGCGAAGUCGAGGAUGCCAUUAUGCGCGGCAUCUCCAACGAAGACAAUUCCGCCGCGCCUAGCGAGGGUGGUCAUGACGAGUCCAUCGCCCGUCCCGAGGUCGAGGCUCUGACUCCUCCCCCAGUUGAAGCCAUCACCCCCAUUGGGUCCCCGCAGCCUGAGAAGCAGCAACCAGAGAAGCAGCAAAUCCGCCGUGGACCAUUCACUGAUGACGCGGACGAAGAGGAGACCCCAGACUGGGCCAACCUCGAAAUUCCUCCCGAUGCAGUCCCAGCAGGCAAUGGAGCUUCAGCCACUCUUCCCCUAGGCCAUGGAAAUGACUUUGAUCUUUCUGCUGAUGGACAGGCAAAGCGACGCAAGAUCUCCCACGGCGAGGAAGACUACUCGGAGUUCGCAGGCGGUGAUCUGGAUGCUGACGUUGCUGCAUUGCUUGCCAGCCAGGGCAAGUAG